GCAAGGGGGGGUCAUCUAAGAUAGCACAAGGGAUAAGCAAAGAUAAGAGUAAGUUGGUUUCACAGAAACAACUUCAUCCCGGGCGGUUACCAUCUUGUAGACUCGCGCUGAUGACGUCAGGCUCCCAGCAGGGCUGCACUCUGAUUGGCUGGUCUUCUGAAAAAGGCAGGAGUUUCCGGUGUCCCUGUUGCUGAUUAAUCGUCCUCCUCGGGUGUCCCACCCACCGCCCGAGACUCUUAUUUCUCUCAGGUUGAUGGAGCUGGUGAAGCGGCCCCGAUUUGAAGUUGGAGAACCGAACCCCCUGUUGGAACCGUUUCACUUUUCCCCGUGGGGUGCUGCUCCACUUUCUGACAGUUUUACUUUGUUGAACUUCGCAGCGCUUUCUCUUUUUUACGGCCCCGUAUCCUUGGCAACACGAUCAACUACUGUCCUGCGAAGUUUGGAUCAAGUGCUUCGUCGCACCGGACUUCCCACCAACUCCACCGGCCCGAACCGAACUACCUCCAAGGGCAGAAGCAGGGCGUGCGUGGGAACUUUCCAACAUCUGAAAAGUUUUAACGGAAACGCACGCCGCGAGACAAUAGUGUGAAAGAGGAGCUCGAGCGGGAGGGGGGUUCGAUGUCUCGCGGGGCUUUGUUCCGGACACCCGCCUUUAGCCCGGAGCGGACACCAACCGAUCGAUCAGAGGAUUGAUGAUUGAGCGCGCGGGCUGGCAUGGACGCGACUGUGUCGGAGCUGCUGUCCGCCUUCAUGGACUCCCCGCUCGUGCUGUGGGUGCGGUCUUUGGGCCCGUUGGGGUCAUGUGACGGCAUGGGUCUAGAGGAGCCGGUCCGAAUGUUCAUGGAGCUGGUGGACGGCGUCUUCUUGCACAAGAUCCUGACCCACAUUGACCCGAGUCCCACCAACCAGAGGCUGACCAAGAACGUGAACAACGACAUGUCACUGCGCCUCCACAACCUGACCGUCCUCACCAGACACAUUAAGACGUACUACCAGGAGACCCUGCAGCAGCUAAUUGUCAUGCCCCUUCCCAACAUCCUUUGCAUCGCCAAGGACCCAUUAUCAGCCAAGAGCAUGGAGGAACUGAGGAGACUCCUGCUGCUCUUACUGGGCUGCGCUGUGCAGUGUGAGCGGAAGCAGGAGAUGAUCGAUAAGAUCAAACUGCUGGACAUCCAGACUCAAGCGGCCAUCGUCUCCCACAUCCAAGAGGUGACCCACAACCAGAUGAACGUCCUGGACCUGUCCUGGCUGGAGGACGGGGCGGAGCUGGGUCCUGAGGAGCUGCAGCCGCUGUCCCGCACCAUGGCAGCCUCCUUGCAGCAGCUCAUCGAGGAGCGAGACAAAGCCGCUGAGAUCAUUGUGGAUCUGACUCAGGAGAGGGACUACCUGUCCAGCCAGCAGCCCCAGGAUGGACGCAGGGGCAGCGCAGAGCGGGGGCUGCAUGCUGGGGGUGGAGGAUCAGGGGGUCCUGAGCUGAUCACUGAGGAAAAGCAGCAUCUGUCUGUUGAGUUGGCAGACGCCAAAGCCAAGCUGCGAAGAUACAGACAAGACCUGGAAGAGAAGACGGAGCAGCUGAUGGAUUCAAAGCAUGAGGCAGAGCGUCUGGAUCAGGAGCUGCAGAGGCUGAAACAAGAGAACCAGCUCUUGGCCGGCGAGGCUCGGUCCAUGCGAGCGUACCGGGAUGAGGUGGACUCUCUGAGGGAGCGAGCAGCCCGCGUGGACCGGCUGGAGGCGGAGCUUAGUCGAUGCAAGGAGAAGCUCCACGAUGUGCAUUUCUACAAGAGCAGGGUGGAGGAGCUCCGUGAAGACAACAUGACUCUGCUUGAGACUAAGGUGUUGCUGGAGGAGCAGUUGGCUUCCUCCAGGGAGCGCUGUGAUAAACUGCACACUUUGGAGAAGGACAACCUGUUGCUGCAAGCUAAAAUCAAUGACCUGGAGAUGGAAAGAGACAGUGAGCGGCGCAGGCUGGAGGAGCUGCUGGAGGAGAACAUGCUGCUGGAGAUCGGACAGAAACAGAGCAUGAAUGAGUCGGCUCAUCUGGGCUGGGAGCUGGAGCAGCUCUCCAAGAACCACGAUCACAGCGACACGGAGACCCGCAAGUCCCUGGUCCAGGAGCUGAACGAGUGCGUUUCCAGCCGCAUGCUGAAGCUGGAGAAGGAGAACCGGGAACUGCAGGCCUCCAUUGAGAGGCUGAAGGAGGAGAACCAUGUCCUGCAGGAGCAGCAGCUGCACAUGCAGAAGCUUGAUCGAGAGAAGCAGAGUCUCAACAACAAGGUGGAACGUCUGCAGGGAUUACUGGACCAGGAGAGGCUGACCAAUCAGGAUAUGGAGUCGCUGGGGGAGGAGCUUCUGAAGGAGAAGCAGAGUCUGGAGCGGGAAAUGCAUGCUCUGCGGGUGGAGAAAGACCAACAGAUUUUGGAGCUGGAGAGUGAGAAGCAGCACCUGUCGGAGGCGGUGGCCUCCCUUCAGGAGCGCGCUCAGUCCAACAGCGAGGCCAGGGUUCGGGAGGUGGAAACGGAGAACCGGCUGUUGCACCAGAGCAUCACCGACACCAGCUCUCGCCUCAACAGCUUAGAAACACAGUUAAAGGUUGUAAGCGAGGAGUCAGAGAGGCUGAGGGAGCUGGCAGGGAGAUGCGAGGAGGCGGAGAGGGAGGUGUCCCGCUUGGAAAGGAGCAGGGAGGCUCUGAACAGAGAGGUCGAGUCUCUUCGUGCGUGCAGCGAGCACUCGGAGGCUCUGGAGAAGCAGGUGACCUCCUUGGAGCAGGAGGUGCACAGACUGAAAAGGGAGGCAGAGGCAGCGCAGGAGGAGCUGCAGCAGCAGUCCAAACAGCUGGCAGGCAACAGCCUGCUGUCAAAAGAAAACCUGGAACUUCGCUGCUCCUUGGAAAACCUGCGCUCCUCGUCCAGCCUCCUGCCUACACUCCAGGAGGAGCUGAAAAAGGCUCACACCGAAACCCAGGAGGCGCAGAGAGCCGCAGAAAAGGCCAGAGAGGAGGCACAGGGGGAGAGGAAGAGGGUAGAGAGGCUGGAACUGAACCUUUCAGCCCUGAACCAGGAGAAACACCGCUUAGAGGAGGAGCUGGAGAGGAGCAAAGAGGAGAGGGCAGAGCUGCAGGGGACGAUUAAGGAGACACAAAGUAGAGAGGAGGAAUCAAGAAAAGAAGUGUCUGAGCUGAAGGAGGAGCUCAGAAGAAAGGAGGAACUGGAGGAAGAGAGGAAGAAGCUGCAGCUGGACCUGGAGCAGUCAGAGAAAAGCAGGAAGCUCCUGGAGAAGGAGAGCUGGAAGAUCCGCACUGCCCUGGAGGAUAAGGAGGCGGAGCUGGAGGAGAAAGCCAGCAGGUUGGCCGUGGUGAUGAAGGAGUGCGGCGCCCUGAGGACAGAUGUGGACAGGCUGAAGGGAGGCGCAGCCAAAGCCAAGGAGCUGGAGAAGGAGAACAAAGAGCUGCAGAAACAAGCCACCAUCGACAAGAGGACUCUGGCCACUCUGAGAGAGGAUCUGGUGUCGGAGAAGCUGAACGUUCAGCAAAAGAACGUUGAGUUGGAGAAGCUUAAUGAAGAGCUGGAGAAAAUUGGGCUGAACACAGAAAAACUGCUCCAGGAGGAGCAUUUGCAGGAUGACAGCAGGUACAGGCUGCUGCAGAGCCGUCUGGAGGACACGGUCCAACAGACCAUUAAGCUGAAGGAAGAGAAAAUUUCCAGUUUGGAGAAGAAACUUGAAGAUAGCAGCAGACUGAUCGCAGCUCUGCAGGGCAAGCUGUCCACGGUGGGGGGCACUCCCAAAUCCUGCAGAUUUUCAAAUGAAGAGCAGAGCUUCACGCAGGUGUUUGUAUUCUCCCUGGGUCAACAGCAGGGGGAGGGACCGCUGCAGCGCUCAGGCGAGGACCGGGACUCCACGACCGAGCUGCUGCGGAUCAAAGAUCACCUCAUCACUGUGGAGAAGAAGAACGCCUCGCUGCAGACAGAGAGCAGUUUACUGAAGGAGCAGCUCAAGCAGAUGGAGAACCAGAACUCCUCGCUGAACAGCCAGAUGGCGGCGCUGCAGCGACACACCAGCACGCUGCAGGAGCAGAACUCGGCUCUGCACACGCAGACAGCAAAACUUCAGGUGGAGAACUCCACCAUCUCCUCCCAGAGUGCUUCUCUCAUGGCCCAGAAUGCUGUGCUGCAGGGCCAGGUCAGCGCUUUGGAGACUGAGGUGGAGUCCUGGGAGCGGCAGCGUGAGGAGGCAUGGCGAGCUCGAGAGAGCAUGCUGAGCGAUCACGACCGGCUGCUGAGUGUGCAUGAGAGGCAAGCGCACGAGUACGAGCAGCUGAUCAGCCAGCACGCUGCACUGAAGGGCAAGCAGAGGGCGCUAGAGAGCGAGCACCGGAUGCUGCAGAGCAAGUGCUGUGGACUGCUGCAGCUGAAAGAGAAGUGGGAGGAGCAGGAGGGGCACGGCCAGAAAGCAAAGGAGGAGCUGAAGCUGGAGACCCAGAAAAACCACCUUCUGCAGCACGAGAACCUGCAACUGAAGGCCGAAGUGGACAGACUGACAGCGAUCCAAUCCCAGCACACCGCGCAGAACGAGGGCCUCCACCAACGCAUUAACGAACUGAAGAGCUCGCUCAGCUCAGCGCAGCUGGACGUGAGUCAGUGGAUGGCACGCUAUGACUCCCUGAUGGAGCAACACCAGGGUCUGGAUCUGACCAUGACCAAGCUGGACAACCACUGCGAGCUGCUGAGUCGACUGAAAGGAAACCUGGAGGAGGAGAACCACCACCUUCUGAACCAGAUCAACCUGCUGAGUCAGCAGAACCACACUCUCCUGGAGAGGAGCAUGGAGAGCAAGGAGUUGUACCACCAGGAGCAGAAGCUCUACAUAGAUAAACUGAAUUCUCUUCGUCGUCAAAAAGAGAAACUGGAAGAGAAGAUCAUGGACCAGUACAAGUUCUACGACCCGACGCCCAAGAAGAGGAGUCAGUGGUCUGGAGCCAAAGCUUUAGCUAAGCUGAUCAAACCCCGGAAGGAGAGCAGCCGAGAGCGGGGAGGAGACCGAGACAAGGAGGCCCACAGGGAGAGGGAGGGGGCAAAGAGCGUCCCAGACAUCCCCCUGCCUGCCACGCCCCCCAUCCUCCUGCCUGAGACCCCGCCCCCUGUUUCCCUAAGGACUGGGAGUGACUCACUGGGCGGCAGUAACCAUAGCAACCCCAGCAGUAGUUCCCGGCAGGCCCCCGCCCUCACGCCCAUAAGCAAAGAUUUGACUGACAGGAGCCAGAGCCUCUAUCACAGGGGCAGCAAUGAGAGCGUCAACGGAGACGAAGCUCUGAUCCAGCGUAUGCACCUGAGCUCCACCCCCGCCCCCCAGUCAUCCUCUCAGAGCUUCAGCAGUACCUCCAGAUUGGGACAGGGCUCCUCCCGUAGGCCCAGAGGUCUGUCAGAAGAUGACCUGCGCCACGACACACCUGACUGCGUCUUCAGCCCCAAAGGGUACAUGGGGGGCGGGUCCGGCUCGGCAGACUUCAGCCACAACACGUCCAGCUCCGAGUCGCCUGUCGCCUGCAGAGACACCUCAGACCGGCCGCCUCGCUCCGCCAGCCUCUCCAGUGACGACUUCACGGGACACUCGCAGACCCCGUCCCGCAGCUCCACGCUCCCAUACGACCACACGCCGCAGAGAGCCCAGCCGCAGCGCGGGGCCGGUCCUCGCCUCAGGGCUCGCACGGCCUCCCCCGGGAGUGAAAUGGUGACGCUGGAGGAGUUUCUACAUGAGAGCAACCUGCAGUCUCCUCCUGUGGUCUCCACAGGAAGCAGAGAGGACUUGAUGGUGGACUACUUCAGUAGAAGCCCCUCCUCCUCAGUGGCCGCUGGCAAAGAUCAGGCAACUCCUACCAACUAUGUAGUUCCCACUGUACAGCCACCCAAUCAGAGGCCAGGCCAGAGUGUGAAGCCCUCCCCCCGCCAGCCUGUGGGCCAAUCGCUCCCCUCAAACCAGCCUGUCGCCCAGAGGAGCAGCCAAUCACUGAGCCGAGCCUUCAGCCUGGCCUCCGCCGAUUUACUGCGCUGCAACCGACCGGACGGUUACCGGGGAAACGAUGCGUCCCCUCAAGAUGCUGUGGUCCGGCGGCCAGAGAGAGGGCCCAACGGACGGGAACGGCCACUUUCUGCUCGCUACGCCUCCCCCUCAGGCCUUCAGGAGGACGACAGUUUCCUAACCCCUACAGUCCACCACUCCCCCUCCCUGACCCUACAGACGGACAGGUAUACCGAGAGGGAGCGGAACUGCAGGGGGAGGACCCCAACCUCCCGGAACGGCGCCUCCUCCCAGCACCACCACCGGGGAGAAGUCGCCAUGGUAACCCCAGUCAGAGCUGUGUCCACACCUCACUCCAUCCAAGCUUCAGAACCGGGCCCCAUCCAGAGGGAAGGGCGGGCGGGUGACACCCAUCCCUCUAAGGACAGGUGUGGCUCCGCAGAGCGACCCAAGAGCACGCCGGCCUCCCCCGACCCAAAUGAUGACCCCCAGACUGUGUGGUACGAAUACGGAUGUGUCUAAAUCCUGGAGCAGAAAAUAGCCCACAAAACCCCACCCGCUUCAAAAGGGCAGCAGAUGCACCGGACUAAGUUUUGACCCCCGCCCCUGCCCCGUUUCACCCUAAAGAACAGCCUCCAUGUGUCCGGUGCAGCGUGGGUGGAGGAGAUGCUCGCCGCAUUCUCAACACUGAAGACUUCCAAGGGAGGACUGUGUUUAAGCUGACUCACUGCUGAGUCAGCACUUCUUCACAUCCGGAGAACGAUUCUCCUUUUUCCUCCUGAUCUGAAAGGAGAAAACACUGGAAAGGACUGGAGGAGCAGGAGGAGGAGGAGGUAGAACAAACAGGAGCAGGAUGGAUGAUGAACAGUCUUCCCCCUGGUAAUUACAAUUCUCCUCCCUCCAUCUUUAGACUCCGUCCCAGCAUGCAACACUCUGACGAUUUACUGGAAACGCUGCUCCCGCCGAGCCAAACACUACUGCCACGUGCACGCACACAUGCGCACAUGCAGAGGCUCUGUCCCUGAGGGCGGCUGGUGACUUUGCUAACCACUGCGCCGCCUCACAUGCACGCCCACGUGCACUCACAUCUCUGAGGAAACCACUGCUGCACACUAACCUAUGGGGGGGGGGGCAGACUGGUGGUAAACAGUGGCUGCAGUGAGAGUCUUAACAUUUAUAUACACGGUUGUUGUGCAAGUCUGUGCUGCUGUGAACACGCACACAUGCACACCCACGCACACACAGCUGCUCCCUGAGAGAAUUAAAAAUGUUUUAAAUUUAAGACAUUCAGAUGCAACUAGAGAGAGAUGUACCCCCCCCCCCCCCCCCCCCCCCAAUGAAAAACUCACGCCGGUGGACUUUUGUCUUCAUGCUGCACUUGCUGCAGCGUCAUGCGCCUGGCCCCGCCCCCUAGAGUCUCAUAACCUUUGAACCGGAUUGCAGGUCCUUCAGCUCGGUUAGGCUGCAGCAUUCGUGCAUCAGGUCCAAAUAUCUCAUUCAUGUCAUGGGUUGGACUUGUUUCAGCAUCAGGCUGCCCCCCCCCCUCUCCGGCUCCAUCUUUCAGCUGCUUUUAGACCCCCCCCCCCGCCUUCAGGUCAGACGCUGAUGUGAGGAUGAUCAUAAAGCCUGAAGUCUAUGCAACACUGGAGGAUGAAGGUCAUCUGGAGUAGAUCAGAACUGUGUGAAAAUGCAACAAGUAAAUUAUUUUUCCUGUAACUUUUGUACAUUUUUACAUUUUAUGAACUCUUUUGAUUUGAAAAACUUUUUGAUACCAAAAACUGACAAAUGUGCUGUUUGUGUUCAUUAAGGAAGAAUACAGGUGAAGUAACAGAU